AUGGGUGGUAUCGGUUACUUGAUUAUCCAGAAGGAAGUGAUCCUCUUGACAAUGGUGAAAACCGUGAUACCCUUAAACUACAAGGGUUGGUUUAAAAACCGCCUUAGGACUUUUGGUGGAACCAUAGAAGACCAAUCUUGGGUUGACUUUUACGAGGACAAAUAUCCAACUCUGUACACUUUAUCUACGUUACAAUCCAUGAUGUCAGCAAAUUUCACUUUGAGACGAUCAUAUUAUUCGAUUCUGAGAGGGAUAGCAGUUUCUGGUGAAACUUUUAUCAAUGAAGUAGCGAAGGAGAUCAUUAACCUAAUGAGAGAAGCAGAGAUGCAUCACUUCGUCCUGAUAGACAAGUAUCUGUUUAACCAGUAUAGGGAACUUUCAUCAACAAAACCUCUAUCAGGAUUAGUGAAGGUCCACAAAAAGGUACUCAGGAAAUUAGGCUCUUAUCCUGAGCCUGAUGUGAUGUAUCUGCAAAUACUUCACAACAAGGAUGAUCUUGCGGAAUUGAAUAGAGCAAACUUUAAGACGGCCAGCAUAAUUGCAACUGCAUGUGCUCGAUAUGAGCAUACCAGCUUCAAUGCGUAUUAUUCUGACGAGUCUCCACGAGCAAAGGAACUGUCGGAAAGAGUCAUGGAAUACUUAGAACUGAAAAAUGACCUGAUUAAUAUAGCCGCGGGCGAGAGUGACUUCAUCAACAUGGGAGAGAAAGAACUAUCCAUCAAUGAUGAGGAAUCACUUGAAAUGGACAAAAUCAUUAUGCCUCCUCCAACCACAACAAAAGUGUUUAGGAAACAAAAUCAGUCUGGUGAUAAUAAUAGAUAUGAUGGUGGAGAAACAAUUAUCGUUCUACCUAGCAGUUCCCGAAAAAGGGAGAAUGAAAACAAUUCUAAAGGUACCAUACUAAGAAAAAGAAUUAGAAUCUCACAAGAUAUUUCAAUUUGUAAUUUACCAACAACUGUGAAGCCUCCACUCCAGUCACCAGUAGAAAAGUUCUCUCUAGUCACUCAAGAGUCACUCAAGAGCAAAAUGGAGAUUCUUCAGAGGAAGAACAAGAUAUUGAAAUGA